AUGUCUGAUCUAGAAGAAAGGACUAUAUUAUUUAAUGCUUCCAGGGAAGAACUUAAUACCGAACGGAAUAAUGAAGAAUAUGAAUUAGAUAGUAUAGGAGAAGAGGAAGAUCAACAAACUUCAUUUAUUCAAGAUAAUGAAAGACAUAGUGAUUUCUUUGAUUUCGAUGAGCAUCUUAUACCGUUAACAUUAACAGAAACCCAAAGACGUCCAACACAUUUAGAAAAAAAAAUAACAUUUUUAAAUGGAUUAACGUUAGUUUUAGGUACAAUGAUAGGUUCAGGAAUUUUUGCAUCCCCAGGUCCAGUAGUUAAAAAUGCGGGAUCAGUAGGAAUGUCUUUAGUAGUAUGGCUUAUAUGUGGUUUAUUAGCAUGUACUGGAGCCCUUACAUAUGCAGAAUUAGGAACAGAAAUACCUAUUUCAGGGGGUGAGCAUGCAUAUUUAUCACACGCUUAUGGUAGUUUACCAGCAUUUUUAUUUAGUUGGACAGCAAUAACGUCAGUAAUUUUUGCUGAAUAUUUAAAUCGUAUAAUUUAUCAUACGGCAUUCGAUGAUGCAAAAGAACAUCCAACUGCAGCAACACAUAAAUGGUUAAAUAAAAUUGUUGCCAUAUUAUGUGUAAUUACGGUAUCAUUAAUUAAUACUUAUAGUGUACGUCUUGCUACAAGAACGCAAGAUCUAUUUACUGCAGUUAAAAUGUUUUCUUUAGCUGUUAUAGCGGUUAUAGGUUUUGUAGUAUUGGGUAAAGGUGGAAGAAACGAAAAUUUUGAUGAAGAUUUGUUUUAUGGUACUUCAACUAAAGCGGGUGAUUACGCUUUGGCAUUUUAUUCAGAACGAGAUUUACCUCGGGUUAUUAUGGUUGGCUUACCUUUGGUCAUAAUAUUUUAUCUAUUGGCAAAUGUUGCUUAUUAUGCAGUUUUACCUUCUUCAAUAGUAAUUCAGACAAAUACAAUAGCUUUGGAUUUCGGUAGAGAAAUGUUUGGACCAGUAGGAGGUAUCCUUUUCGCUCUUUGUGUAGCAGCUAGCUGUUUUGGAGCUGCUAAUGGUGGUAUUUUCACUGGUUCUAGGUUAAUAUACGUUGCUGGUAGAGAAGGAUAUUUACCAACUGUAUUCGGUAAAGUACAUUCCACUUGGAAUACUCCAACCGCUGCGUUAAUUAUGCAAGCCGUUUUAACAAUCGUCUUUAUUAUACCGGGAAGUUUUACUACAUUAUUAAAUUUCGUUUCGGUGGCCGGUUGGGUAUUUUAUUUUCUUACGUCAUUUGGUUUGUUUAUAUUACGUUGGAGAGAACCAAAUCUUGAAAGACCAUACAAAGUAUGGCUUACCACACCCCUUAUAUUUUGUUGUGUUGCAGUAUUCUUGAUUGUAAUGCCAUUUGUAAAGGUUCCAUUAGAAUCACUUGCUGCAUUAUGUUUUAUACUUGCUGGUAUACCAUUUUGGUAUGUAAGAGUUAAAUACAAGGAAUCUUUUACUUCUCAAGCAAUUAAAGAUUAUGUUUCAAAUAUUAAUAUAAAAGUUAAAACGUGGAGAUUAAAUCACGAAUAUUUUAAACAAGAAAUAAUAGAACAAUAG